AUUACGGACUACCAAAGCUGGUUUGGAAAAGUAAGUUUAAAGGCUUUUUGAAUGUUUGGUUGAGGUUUUACUUUACACGUGAAAAGCAAUUUUCUUUUUUUCGUACAAAGCAUCUGAGCGAGUUGUCGCUGUAUUUAUUUAUCUUUAUAUCUACUAGAAUGUUGUGUCUUGGAAUGACAGGAAAACAUUGACUUAACCCUGCAGACGUUUAGGAUAGUAGUCAGAGGAAACAUCGGCCGUCUGCGCUUCAGUAAAGGCCUAGCUGUGUUUUAUUAUAAACGUGUGGCCUUCACGCUGUUCGCUGUCUGUCACCAGUGAGCUGCGGCUGCAGCCCCACCUAAAGCUUAACACUUUCUACGGGGGGAUGUUAUCACCGUGGGUUACUCACAUAUCCAGUCCGCACAGUUCCUCCCGGCGUGAGGCUAAACAUGCACAGCGGCUCCUCCAGAGGUUCCCCGAAAGCUCCUGCUUCAGGCCGCUCCACGAUUCUACUGCACCUCCACCACGAGACACGUUUCUACCGUCAUGACCAGAACUAGUUUCUCAUUUGUCGUUAGAAUGAUGACAAAUGCCCAUUUAAGGAAUAAGCGACACAAUUAUUACAGAUUGCAGAAAGUCUGAAGUAUGGAAGAUUUUGAUUCUGGAACCAUUUACCACCAAACUCAUGUCAUCAUGCUGCAAAAUGUCCGAUCUGCUGUCAGAGCGAAUAACAGUUGUGGAGGAUCUGUACAAAAACAGAGAGCCUGUUCCAGAGAUGAAGGCCAUCUACUUCAUGCCACCAACCACUAAGUGUGUGGAUGCCCUGAUUGCAGACUUCAAAACCAAACCCAAAUAUAAAGCGGCAUAUGUUUAUUUCACCGACUAUUGUCCAGAUGAGCUGUUCAACAAAAUGAGGCUGUACUGUGCAAAGUACAUACAAGUCUGUAAGGAAAUCAACAUAUCCUUCAUGCCACAAGAGGCACAAGUGUUCACUUGUGAUAAUCCAGGUGCAUUCCGAAGCAUCUACAGUCCUAACAGUCUGGACAAAACCAAGACACUGGACACGCUUGCAGACCAGCUCGUCACUCUCUGUGCCACACUGGAUGAGUACCCCGGUGUCAGAUACAAGAAAGACAGCACCAUGGAAAAUGCCAAGAGCCUUGCAGAGCUGGUGGACACCAAACUGUCCAGACACUAUGAGCUGGAUGACAGUGGCAAGAAAAAGGAGAAGACACAGGCCCAGCUGCUGAUUGUAGAAAGAGGCUUUGACCCCAUUAGCCCCAUCUUGCAUGAGCUGACCUACCAGGCCAUGGCCUACGACCUGGUUGAUAUCCACAACGACACCUAUACGUACAAGUCUAAAGAUGGUGCUGAGAAGCAGGCUCUGCUGAAUGAGGACGACAUGCUUUGGGUCAAGCUCAGGCACAAGCACAUUGCUGAGGUGUCAGAACAACUCCCAAAAAUGUUUAAGGAAAUAUCAGCAAGUAAGAAACAGCCAGAUGGGAAGAUCACAAUUAGCAAUUUGAAUCAAAUGAUGAAAAAGAUGCCCUUUUUCCGUAAACAGGUGACUGAGAAAACAAUUCACCUGCAGUUGGCUGAGGACUGCAUGAAACAGUAUUCCAACAAUGUGGAGAAACUCUGCAAAGCUGAACAGGACCUUGCUAUAGGUUUGGAUGUGGAGGGGGUGAAAGUGAAAGAUCCCAUGAGAACCCUGCUACCUGUGUUACUCCACCAGUACAGCACCUACGACAAGAUCAGAGCAGUGCUGCUCUACAUCUUCAGCCUCAAUGGAACAACAGAUGAGAACUUGAGCAAACUCAUCCAACAUGUGAAGAUCGAGGAUGAACGAGAAUUCAUCCUGAACUGGAAGGAGCUGGGCGUCCCUAUCAUCACAUCGUCUACUUCACUCUUUUCUCGCAAACCUAAUAGACGCGAUCGCUCCCAGGAGGAGAAGUACAACCUUUCCAGAUGGACUCCUGUCAUAAAAGAUGUGAUGGAGGAUGCUGUGGAGAACAAACUGGACACCAGAGACUGGCCGCACCAGUCGGAGUCUCCUGCUGCCUGGAAUGGCUCCGGUGCUGUCAGCGCCCGUCAAAAGCACAAAGCCAGCUCUCAGGAUGAGCGGCGGACCGGCUCUCGCCUCAUCAUCUUCAUCAUAGGCGGGAUCAGCUUCGCUGAGAUGCGAUGUGCCUAUGAGGUCACCCAGGCUGUCAAAUCCUGUGAGGUCAUCAUAGGGUCUUCCCACAUUUUGACCCCUAGAAAACUUCUGGAUGACAUCAAGUCCCUGAGCAAACGCCCAGUGGAGCCUUUAACAGUAGAGGAAAGGAGCAGUGCCUAAGAAAGUUGUCCCUGCCCAUAACAAUCCCUCAAACCACUUCUGGCUCCCUACAUAUCAUAUCACUCAGCACAGUGUACUCAACUCAGUUUACUUCAUGCAAACCAGGAGGGAAUCAAACUUAUACCCAUCUUUAUACUUUAAUAUUCAAAAUUUAUAUUUCAAACCUAGCACACACAAGGACAACUUGUGUUUUAUGCAGCUUUUCCCAUCUGAAUGUUGCCUGUUCAUCCUACUAAUAACAUUUUACGUACAAAUAGUCUAACCCAACUUUGUCGUUAGAAAUACAGCGUUACACGUUUAGAUUAACAGCCAAUGUAUAUACUUUACGUAAGCACUAUGUUUGUGCUCCGCCUUUUUGAUUGUUGUUUGUUUUUGCACUCUGUUUUAUAAAACCCUAAUGUACUUUCAAAGUGUUUUAACAGAUUAUAAAGAUUAUUCCUUGUUUUUCUCUAAUAAAUGGAUGCAGUGGAUCACA